UCUUCCCCGUCUUAUCCUCCUCUCCACACUCCCGCUCUGUUUUUAUGAGGCCAGGAAAAUAGAACUAGGAAGUGCUGACGUUUUGGGUCCCCCCAAAUAUAACCAGAGGCUCUAACGAGGGCAUCGGCCAGUGAUUUGGUGGAGGACCAGACCGGAAAUGGUAGUUUCCAUGGUAACUCCUGAGCGGGUUGCCUGGGAGAUGACCCCUUGCGCUCUCUCUGAAUCUGUGCUGUAGCGUCACUUCUAAGGCAGAUCUAACUGAUCUUCUUGGACUGUCUCCUGCCAUGAUUCCCGGGAAAUACCGCUCUGUUUCUGGCCGGGCUGCGAGCAACGUGAACUGUGGGCUUCAUCUGGUAAUUCAAACAUCAUCGCUUCCUGAAAAAAACAAAGUUGAAUUCAAGCUAAAUAAAGAAACGCCAUCAUUCCCUGGUCGACUCUUACAACAUGAUCUUGAAAGAAACUACUCAAGUAGGCAAGGUGAUCAUAUUAAUUUGGUGAGCUCAUCAAUGCCAUCAUUUCCCAUUCUCCAACGUUCUUCUGAAGAGAAAAUUCUUUACUCAGACAGGUUGACCCUAGAAAGGCAAAAGCUGACCGUAUGUCCUAUCAUCGAUGGGGAAGAACACCUUCGUCUGUUGAACUUUCAACACAAUUUUAUAACUCGGAUCCAAAAUAUUUCUAAUCUGCAGAGGCUAAUAUUCUUGGAUUUAUAUGAUAACCAGAUUGAAGAAAUUAGUGGGCUUUCUACUCUGAGAUCCCUCCGUGUCCUUCUGUUGGGGAAAAACAGAAUCAAGAAAAUCUCAAAUCUGGAGAAUCUAAAAAGCUUAGAUGUCUUGGACCUUCAUGGAAAUCAGAUUACCAAAAUUGAAAAUGUCAAUCAUUUGUGUGAUUUGAGAGUUUUAAAUCUUGCCAGGAACCUUUUAAGUCAUGUUGAUAAUCUUAAUGGGCUGGAUUCACUAACUGAGCUUAACCUGCGACACAAUCAAAUCACUUUUGUGAGAGAUGUGGAUAAUUUGCCCUGCCUCCAACGUCUGUUUCUCAGCUUCAACAAUAUAUCUACUUUUGAGAGUGUUUGCUGCCUUGCUGAUUCUACUUCUCUCUCAGACAUCACUUUUGAUGGCAAUCCAAUAGCUCAAGAGUCAUGGUACAAGCACACUAUCCUUCAGAAUAUGAUGCAGCUGCGCCAGCUAGAUAUGAAGAGAAUCACGGAAGAAGAAAGGCGUAUGGCAUCUGUUGUAGCCAAAAAAGAGGAAGAGAAGAAGCGAGAAAGUCAUAAGCAAUCUUUGCUUAAGGAGAAGAAAAGGUUAACAAUUAACAACGUAGCUCGAAAGUGGGACUUGCAACAACAUCGCAUUACCAAUAUUGCUACAAACCAAGAUAGAAAAGAUUCUGACUCUCAGGACCACUGUCAGAACGAUGAAAGCACCAUCUCUGCAUUUCCAGAGGAAACAGGGUCUCUGGACUCAGGACUCACCAGUGCUUUACAAGGUCUAUCUGUCACAGACACACACCUUGUCGAAGUGGAGGGAGAUACACUUUCCUUGUAUGGCUCAGGAGCGCUGGAAUGUCUGGAUCGGAACUGGAGCGUGCAAACAGCAGGAAUGGUGACAACAGUGUCCUUCACUUUCAUAGAAUUUGACGAAAUCGUCCAAGUGCUUCCCAAAUUGAAGAUUAAGUUUCCUAAUUCUUUGCACCUUAAAUUCAAGGAAACAAAUCUUGUAAUGCUGCAGCAAUUUAAUGCACUAGCACAACUCCGUCGAGUUGACCAGCUGACAAUUGAUCCUCAAGGAAAUCCAGUUGUCAAUUUUACGCUCUGGAAAUAUUAUGUUCUGUUUAGACUGAGCCAUUUUAAUAUGCAGAAAAUAAAUGGAACAGAGGUGACGCAAAAUGAUAUGAUAAUGGCUGAAAGGCUCUUUGGAAUCCUAGCACAUGUAGCAUCUUCUGAAUUACCCCAGUACCAUCUGAUUUCAAUUCUGGGUGACGCCAGGAAGAAGCAAUUCCGGUAUCUUCUAGAAACGAAAGGGAAAAAACCUGGUAUUGUCAAUGAAGAAAAUAAUGAUAGCAAGAGACUUGUGGGAGAAAACACAAAUCGUGCUACACUAAAUUAUACCACAAGAGACUUUUAUAAUGAAAAGCUGGAGGAAAUAAAGGAAAAAAAGAAAUUCUGCAAGAUGUAUAUCGAGGAUCUUGUGAAGGAAGCCACAGAAAUCAACAUGAAAAAUGAGGCUUUGCAGAAGCUUUGGCCACAGAUGUUCAUUGAGCUUGUUAGGGAUGCAGUCAUGGAGAUCCGCAAUAAAAAUUCCUAUAUGAAGCUUUGCCUACAGCAGAUAACUGACCAAAAAUAGAAAUGGCUUUUAGUUACAGUUGAUUUUUGCAGUUUUAUGUUUUUGGAGGUUGAAAAUAUGCAGGUUAAACAUGUUAAAACAACAACAACACUAUCCUACAAACUAGAAAGACUAGCGUCAAAGCAUUAUUGCCUACUGUUCUUGUAGUUAAAGGUUAGGAAGGAAAGAAGGAAAGAGAGGGAAAGGGAAGAGUCAUUUCCUAGGUAUGUUGACCAAGCAAUCAUUGGGAACUAAGCAGUCUUUAGAGAUAGCCUGGUCCUUGAAUGGGCCCCGCAUCUUCAGUUCUUGCUUUGACUGGUGCCCCUGCUAUAGCCCAAAGCACGUAGUGUUUGCUCAUGGUUCAGCAUGAGUUGCUUCUAUCUACUUUCAGCUGAUAAUUUUUAGUUACUUGCCUCUUUAUUUUAUGUCAUUAUUUCAAAGCCAAAAAUAUGUUCUUUUUUAUGAGUGAAGAAUAAACUUAUUAAUAAAUUAGUUUAAAAGAAAA